UUUGGUCGUCGCCGGCCAGAUGAGACAUAGACACAUAGUAGCACUUGUACACCUAACCAAAUACAAUACUACUACUUACAAAGCUAGCAAGUUGUCUGCCCUGUCUUGAUCAAAUCCCCCACAGCUAGCAGUUUCAAAUCUACUAUUGUCUCACUUGUUCCGCCUACCUACCCUACCCUACACAAAUCGCUAGCUGCUGGAGCCUUUCUGCUGCUUCCUCUCCACCACUACUCCGGCAAGCCAAGGGCGAGUGCCUGCGGAUAGAGAGAUGCAGGCGGCUCUCAGCGCUGCGGCCACGCUCCUGGGCAAGGUGUUGACGACGCUGUCCGUCGUCCCGGUGGCGGCGUACGUGGACAGCCUUCAGCUCGGCCACAACUCGGAGCAGAUCAAGGACAAGCUGCUGCACACGCAAGGCCUCCUGCACAACGCCCAGGGGCAGGUGAGCCACGUCGGCGACAACCCUGGCCUCCAGGGGUUGCUGGAGAAGCUGAGCAGGGACGCCGACCAGGCCGAGGACUUGCUGGAUGAGGUCCACUACUUUCAGAUCCAUGACAGGCUACACGGCACCAACUACGCCGCCACCCAGGAUCUGGACGGCCUUGUCCGCCAUCAAGCUCUCCACGCCCGUAGCGCUCUUCGCCACACCCUUGGCAGCUUGUUCCAGUGCUGUUCUUGCUCGCGGACACCCAAGAGCAAGAGGAAUGGUGGUGGUGAUGCUGCUGCCGCUGCUGUUGCCGGUGUCACCAACUCCAACUCUGCUACUGCCCAAGAUGGUGAUGCGCUGCUGCAUUUUGACAGAGUGUCCAUCUCCAGACAAAUCAAGUCCGUGUUACAGGGCAUGCAGUCCCACUGUGAUUCCGUCUCCAAUUUGCUCAGCAUUGGCACUAUCCCAACCAACAGCACCCCAGUCCUUGUGCUGAAUCGGCCUCUCACUGCUUCCAUGAUUAUACAAGACACAUUGUAUGGCAGGGGAGACACUUUUGAGGAAACUGUCAAUCGUAUCACCACCGGGGAUGCCACACAGACUCAGAAUGUUUCUGUUCUUCCUAUAGUUGGUCCAGGGGGUAUUGGCAAGACAACUUUCGCCCAACAUCUUUAUAAUGAUGGCAGGACUAAACAGCACUUUGAUGUUCCAGUCUGGGUAUGUGUAUCGAGUUAUUUCGAUGUGCUGAAGCUCACCAGGGAGAUCCUUGCCUGCAUAACUGCAACUGAAGGAGGAAGCAGCAGUGUUGCAAAUGAAACAACCAAUUUAGACCAGCUUCAGAAAUCCAUAGCACGUCGUCUCAAGUCCAAGAGGUUUCUAGUUGUAUUGGAUGAUAUAUGGAAAUGUGAGAGUCAGGAUCAGUGGAAAACCCUCUUAGCUCCCUUCACAAAGGGGGAAGCCAAAGGAAGCAUGGUGCUUGUCACAACUCGAUUCCCAAAGGUAGCAGACAUGGUGAAAACAAUUGAUACACUAGAGCUGCGAGGUUUAGAGUCUAAUGACUUCUUCACAUUCUUUGAAGCAUGUAUAUUUGGUGAAGACAACAAGCCCGAGCAUUACGAAUAUGAGUUUGCUGGUAUUGCACGAAAAAUUGCAAACAAGCUAAAGGGUUCCCCGCUCGCAGCCAAAACAGUUGGUAGGCUAUUGCAGAAUGACCUUUCUCAGAAACAUUGGAAUGGAGUUCUUGAAAAGCAUCAGUGGCUAAAGCAGCAAGAAAAUGAUGAUAUCAUGCAAUCUUUAAAGAUUAGCUACGACUGCCUCCCUUUUUAUCUGAAGAAAUGCUUUUCCUAUUGUGGCCUUUUCCCUGAAGACCAUUGGUUUACUUCUUCAGAAAUCAAUCAUUUCUGGGCUGCAAUAGGCAUCAUAGACUCUAAUCACCAAGCCGAUAGGAAUCACUUGGAAGAACUACUGGACAAUGGUUUUCUCAUGAAGGAAUAUGAUUGGUAUGUAAUGCAUGAUUUAAUGCAUGAGCUAUCUAAGAGUGUUUCUGCACAAGAAUGCCACAAUAUAAGUGGCUUAGAUUUCAGAGCUGAUGCCAUCCCACAAUCUGUUCGGCACUUAUCUAUCAACAUAGAAGACAGAUAUGAUGCAAAUUUUGAGCAAGAAAUGUGUAAACUAAGGGAGAGGAUCGACAUUGCUAAUCUGCGGACUUUGAUGAUAUUUAGAGGAUAUGAAGAAAGAAUCACCAAGAUUUUGAAAGAUAGCUUCAAGGAAAUAAACAGUCUGCGUGUCCUAUUUAUAGUGGUGAAGUCUGCACAAUCUUUUCCAUAUAGGUUUUCAAAACUUAUCCACCUCCAGUACCUCAAAAUUACUUCAUCUCACAGGGAAAUGAGGUUACCUAGUACACUAUCAAGAUUUUAUCACUUGAAAUUCUUGGACCUAGAUGAUUGGUAUGGUAGUUCUGAUUUGCCCAAAGACUUUAGCCACCUUGAGAAUUUACAUGAUUUCCGUGCUACAAGUAAAGUCCACUCCAAUAUUCGCAAUGUCGGAAAGAUGAAGCAUCUGCUGGAACUAAAAGAAUUCCAUGUCAGGAAAGGGAACAUGGGAUUUCAACUGAGAGAACUUGGGUCAUUGACAGAGCUUGAAGGAGGACUGAUUAUACGUGGUCUUGAACACGUGGCAACCAAGGAGGAAGCUACUGCAGCCAAACUGGAGUUGAAAAGGAAUCUAAAGGAGUUGGAAUUACUCUGGGGCAGAGAUGGACCAACUACAGAUGCUGAUAUUCUUGAUGCUCUUCAACCACACUCUAAUCUCAGAGUACUUACAAUUGCAAAUCAUGAUGGUGUCGUUGGUCCUAGUUGGUUGUGUCUUGACGUCUGGUUAACAAAUUUAGAGUCUCUCAUUCUAGAAGGCAUAUCUUGGAGCACCCUCCCACCUUUUGCGAAGCUACCAAAUCUCGAGGACCUCAAAUUGAAGAAAAUUCCUGGAAUGCAUCAGUUUGGGCUUGGAUGUGGUGGCGCUCCAGGCAAAUGUUUUAUGCGCUUGAAGACAGUUAAGUUUUGUGAAAUGCCAGAUCUUGCUGAAUGGGUUGUGGAACCUAAUUGCCAUUCCUUUCCAAGUCUUGAAGAAAUCAUAUGCGUCAAUUGUCCCAAUCUCCGUGUGAUGCCCUUGUCAGAGGUAUCCUUCACCAAUUUGCGCAGACUUGAAGUUUCUAUGUGCCCCAAGAUGUCUCUGCCCUCCAUGCCUCACACCUCCACACUGACAGAUUUGGAGGUUAAUAGAGCUGGAGGUCGUUUUUUAGAAACGUUGUUGUCUUAUGAUGGAAAGAACUUGGUUGUGAGUGGGUAUGGCGGUGCUUUGGCCUACCACAAUCUGGAUAAAGUAGAAGAUAUGGCUAUUGCAAAUGUAUCGCACAUAUCAUUGACAGACCUUGAAAAGUUUAAAUCCCUAACAGAACUAUCUGUCGGAAGAUGCGACGGUUUGUUCCCUGAGGAGCUUGAUGGCAGUAUUGUCUUGCGUUCAGUUGAGAGACUCGAAUUACAUGUAUCUCAUCUUACCAGCAACAAAUCAUCAUCGUCAAAAGUGCUAAACUGUUUCCCAGCUCUUUCUGUGUUGUUGAUAUAUGGAGAUGAGGAAUGUGUAAUGCAGUUGCCAUCAUCCAGCUCACUGCAGAAACUUACCUUCUCAAGGUGUAAGGGCCUGGUUCUUGAGCAUGUGGAGAAUGGAGGAGGAAUUCAGGAGCUCCAAUCAUUAUCAAUAUUCAUGUGUGGCAAAUUGUUCUGUCGGUGGCCCAUGGGAAUGGGAGAAUCAGAGACCAUUUGCCCUUUCCCUGCUUCCCUGAGGGAACUUGAUGUUGCCGACGAGCCAAGCAUCAAGUCAAUGGGUCUGCUCUCAAACCUCACGUCUCUCACCACUCUAAGGCUAAAAGAGUGCCGUAAUUUAACAGUGGACGGAUUCAAUCCUCUCAUCGCAGUCAAUCUCAUAGAACUGCAAGUGCAUAGCUGCAGCACCUUAGCAGCAGACAUGCUCUCAGAGGUGACCAAAUUAUUGCCUGCGGGUUACAUCUCUAGAUUGGAGAAACUCAAUGUGAAUAACAUCUGUGGCUUGCUUGUUUCUCCUAUUUGCAACCUCCUCGCCCCGACCCUCCACACUCUUGAAUUGGCGAGGAUGGAAAGCUUCACAGAAGAGCAAGAGAAAGCGCUGCAGCUCCUCACCUCCCUCCAGAAUCUAAAAUUUUCCUAUUGUGAGCGUAUGCAGUCCCUCCCUCAAGGGUUACAUCGCCUUUCUUCUCUCGAGGAGUUACGUGUCGUUUCGUGUCCAGAAAUCCGAUGGAUGCCCAGGGAGGGCCUCCCGGUUUCGCUGCGAAAACUAUAUAUGAAUCCUCACAGCGCUGAGAUCGACGAGCAAAUUGAGAAAAUCAAAAGGACAAACCCAAAUUUAUCCGUCUCUUGAAGGAUAAUAUAACUACACCAAAUUAAGACUAGCAGACUCGUCGUUGCAAUCAAUCUUAUGUGCACACAAGUUGUCAAACCUGCAUUAAUCAACAGUGCAUUUUCUUCGCCAGGCUUCUGUUCCCAAAUAAAGAAGGGCGUGGGGCUCACUUGGUACUGAUCAAGAAGAGGACUUGAGUCGUAGCUGCAAGAAGUGAUCGAGGCUGGAAUCAUGGAAU